AUGGAUAUGUCUGCCUCACCGCACGCACUUUAUUGUCGUGCCGGGCAGAUACUAGACGCCGUCGAACUGGCUAGAAUUAUUGUCUAUGGCUUUGAGCCUGGAGAUGCGCUUAUUGAUGAGUGUUUUUACUAUCCCGCUGAGUGGGAUACAAAUGAUACGGUGCUCAUGGAGGACCUCCGAAAAUUCAAACGGGAUGGCUUUAAGCGGCUCGUUGAAUCCGAAAUCCGGGCCGCGCGAGAUACGGACUUUAAAUCGAAGAAGAAAAUGGAAGAAGAACUGACGCAGGUGCAGGAGAAGUUGAAGGGUCUCAAAUCUCGUCGUGAAGCCUACAAGCUUCGCUACAAAGCUAAGGGAAUUCGUGCUCAGUCAACCGAUCAUCUCGAAGAAUGUACUAAGGAUAAGGACAAAUGCUGCGAAAUUAGAGAGUUUCACCAGAGGCUUGUCGACUGGGAAACUGAAGAAACAAGAUUAGCUAACAGCGCUGAUCUGCUUCGGACGGAAAUCGCCGGACUGGGUCUUGACAUCGCUAACAGAGCAUAUAUACUGCGCGUGAUGCGAGAAAUCUAA